GUAUCGCACCGAGCUCGAGGCAGCAAAGCCUCCUCUAAUUCCAUAUCUGGGUUUGAUGUUGCAAAAUCUAAUAGCUCUCCAUCAAGGCAAUCGAUUGUACUUUUCUCAGCCUCCAAGCGAUGAAUUUGCGAAAUUAUAUCGGCCUGAAGAACAUGGACAGAUUAUCAAUUUCUGGCGUUGUUGGAAGCAUUUCUUGAUAAUUCAUGUUUUUGUGAAACAGGAGAAGAUGGAUCCUGAGAGAGCAGGACUUGUUUGCUAA